GAGCAGGGCGCUAUUUGGGAUUCGGCCUCGUCGGCGGAGGAAGUCUUUCCGAGAUAGGGUGAAGAAAAUGGCUGCGCUCCGAGUGGUCGUGCUGUCCCGGAGCGGCAGAGCUCUUCUAAAUGCGCCGAAAACGGCUCAUACAGCUCGGGCCAACAUGUCAUUUGCCAGUCUGCCCAAGGGAAGGAAGGUGGCCCUGACCACGCUAGGAGUGUUGACCACCGGAGGGGCUGGACUGGCUCUGAUGCUGCACCAGUCUGUGAAGGCUUCAGAUCUGGAGCUGCACCCUCCCUCCUACCCCUGGAGCCAUAAUGGCAUGCUGUCCUCUCUUGACCACUCCAGUAUCCGCCGCGGCUAUCAGGUGUAUAAGCAGGUGUGCGCGGCGUGCCACAGUAUGGAGUACCUGGCCUUCCGUAACCUGGUGGGAGUGUCGCACACAGAGGACGAGGUUAAAGCAUUAGCUGAGGAGAUUGAAGUUGUUGAUGGCCCUGAUGAGUCAGGAGAGAUGUUCACCCGUCCUGGAAAGCUUUCCGAUUAUUUCCCCAAACCGUACCCAAAUCCUGAGGCUGCUCGCGCUGCCAACAACGGGGCUCUGCCUCCUGACCUCAGCUAUAUCGUCAACGCCAGGCAUGGAGGAGAGGACUAUGUGUUCUCUCUCCUGACUGGUUACUGUGAGCCUCCAGCAGGUGUGACUCUGAGGGAGGGGCUUUACUACAACCCCUACUUCCCUGGCCAGGCUAUUGGCAUGGCUCCGCCCAUCUAUAACGAGGUGCUCGAGUUUGAUGAUGGAACCCCGGCCACUAUGAGUCAGGUGGCUAAAGAUGUCUGCACGUUCCUGAGAUGGGCCGCCGAGCCGGAGCACGACCAGCGGAAGCGAAUGGGCUUGAAGUUGCUAAUGGGUUCCUCCAUCCUCAUCCCUCUGAUCUACUAUCUGAAGAGACACAGGUGGUCAGUGCUGAAGAGCCGGAAAAUCGCCUACAGGCCUCCCAAAUAAAGCUGGUCAGAUGCCUUCAGCCUCAGUUGUCUUCAACACGGUCGACAAACCCGACUCGCCACUGUCGGUCUCUUCAUCCUGCACACAGUAUCGAGGUUCUCUGUCAGCUGGACAUUUUGUCAAAUACAGCGUUCCGGUUCUGACCCGGGAAACGGACGCUGACUCCUACAUGUGUUUGUUUUACUGUAUAAAAAAUAAAUUAUCUAAACACAACAUCUAAA